CAGCUGUGAUCGCGCGCUGUGAAUUAAAAAGCAGUGCAGAGGUGAAUAGGGCGCUACGGCUGAACUAGUAGUCUCUAUAGAUUCUCAAACCCUACAUCUUGUAUAAUAUAUUCUCCAGAAUGGACAACGAUGCCGCGGACCGGGGAAUCACUCAGAGCUCCUUGUCAAAAUACCUGGACGGGGGCUUCUGGAGCAUGAAGAAUGAGCUACGGAUGCAGAUUGCUGAGAGCCCACUCUUCCAGCAAAGAUAUGACUUGAAUCUGGAUGAAAUAAGAGACUUGACUUUUGAAAGAGUGAAGUUUGCCAUGAGUCUACCGCAAGUUCAACGUGCAUUUCAAGAGAUGUGUGGUGUCAUUUGCUGGUUGUUCGGAGGAGCUGUGAUGAAUCUUGGAAGUCCUGAACAUAUUCAGAAGUGGUUUCUUCCACUAAAGGAUCAGAAGUUCACUGGGAUGUUUGCAAUGACAGAACGAGGGCACGGCAGCAAUGUCAGAGGAAUCCUCACAGAGGCUGUCUUUGAUCCAGUUUCCCAGGAAUUUAUAAUCAAUAGUCCAUGUGAAAAUGCAGCAAAAAUGUAUAUUGGUAAUGCAAUGAAAGGAAAUUAUGCAGCUGUUUUUGCACAACUGAUCAUUAAUGGGAAAUCUCAAGGACCCCAUUGUUUUAUUGUACCUGUGCGUGACCAACAUGGGACAAUGUAUCCUGGCGUAGAAGCUGUUGAUAUGUUGCAUAAAGAAGGUCUUCAUGGUGUUGACAAUGGCAUUUUGACAUUCAGUCAGGUUCGAAUACCAAGAGAAAACCUCCUGGACAAGUUUGGUUCAGUUUCUCCAGAUGGGAAAUACCAUUCUACUAUUGAAAACAAAAGUGCUAGGUUUAAUGCUAUGCUUGCAGCCCUCACGCCAACCAGAUUAGCGCUAACGUUUCAAGCAUUGGGAGCUAUGAAGCUUGGAUUGACAAUUGCCAUUCGAUAUAGUCAUAGCCGUAGGCAAUUUGGACCAAAGAACAAAGAAGAAGUAAAGAUUAUUGAACACCAAACCCAGCAUCUUCGCUUGAUGCCUCAUUUGGCCACGGCUUUAGCUCUGACCUUCACCAGCAGAUAUGCGGGUGAAAUACUAGAUGAAGAUGUUUACCACAAUAGAGACCUCGUUAACAACCGCCCCUUGCAAGCACUGGUAGCAGGACUAAAAGCUUACAGCACAUGGGAGAAUCUGUCGUGCCUGCAGGAUUGCCGGGAAUGCACAGGAGGAAUGGGAUUCAUGAUGGAAAACAGGAUUCCGGGCCUGAAGUGUGACUCUGAUGUGUUUGUGACAUUUGAAGGUGACAAUGUUGUUAUGCUGCAGGUUGUAGUACGGGAACUCCUUGCUCAGUACACAAGGCAGUAUGAGGAAAGCCCUGUCUUUGGCCUGGUUAGGAACUGGACCAGCACGAUUGGUGACAAGCUUAAAACAAGUUUUUUGGCAUUCAACACAGACCAAAUCAACAGCCUUACCUUCCUUCUUAAAGCUGUCAAUUUCCGAGAAAGAGUAUUACAACGCGGUCUUGCUGCAAGACUCUACCACAAGGUGAUGACACAGAAGGAAGAAUUUUUUAGUGCCUGGAAUUCCUGUCUUCAUCAUGUUGUGUGUCUGGCAUUAGCACAUAUCCACAGAGUGACCCUGGAGCAGUUCUCACUAGCAGUGGAGUCGUGCCCAGUGCCGGAAGACCAGGCUUUGUUAAUGGAGUUUUGCCUUUUAUAUGGAACUAAGCUGGUGUAUCAGGAGAGAGCGUGGUAUUUGGAACAUAACUAUCUCACACCAGCAACAAGCACAAAAAUCAGGAAUCAGCUGCUGGAGCUCUGCAGACUGGUGAAAGAUGAAGCUUUGAAGGUUGUUUCAGCCUUUAAUAUCCCCAACAAUUCAAUUCAAGCCCCCAUUGCUGGCAUCUCCAACCCUAGAGUCAAGUGGGCUUAUUACCCUCAACCAAGGCAAGAAGAGAAGAUCCGUGCCAAACUAUAAGCACUAUACAGAUGAACACAGCCUGUUUCUUCUUCUUUUUAAAAAAAACAAAGAUGAUGUGAUGCCUUCUGACAAAUCCAGGAAAUUGCUCUACGAUCUUUACAAAGACACAUGAUCCUGUUCACGAUUCUAAAUACAUGAGAUUCCAAUGUACAGUCAACAAUCAACAUUUUCCAUUUGGAGAACUAUGAUAUUUUGAUUCUUUUUAAUUAAAAAAAACCAACUUGAA